AUGAUCGUUCUGAGCCCGGAUAUUGCUAGUUUGGCAUGGGGAGAGCUCUCUACCCUCAGCCUUUCUAUCCAAGGUGGCGCUUGUUUCAACCCUCGCAAGAUCUUCGGCAAGUCUCCGUCCAUCGAAGCAUACAUGUAUGUUGGGUCCGUCACCAACGUAAACGCAAUUCAUGUGGAGCCCUUUGAUGCCACUCCGUUCCCUGAUCGCUUCAAAGACAGGCUCAACGUCGAACUCUUCCGUAUAGACAUCGUCUUCUGGGUUGGAGAAUCCCAGUCUGACGCACUCUUGAACCAUCCAGACCUUAUUCAUGGGGAACCCACAUCAAGCGUAUACAUGGCAUACCCGUUAAUUACCAUCAAGGGAGCGGCGUCGAAGAAGGUAGGUGGCACGAAGGCUCUUACCAAGGGAGAAAACCGUGCAGGGUCUAAGAAAGUCGCUGGUGCCCGCACUCCCAAAUCUGCUAGUAAGGUAGUGGGCUCCAAGAAAGCUCAACCAAGCGAGGAAGAGGGGCGACAGGAACUUAGAAACCAGAUAGCCUCUUAUUUCGAUUCAGCUAAACUUGUUAUGUACGACCUGGCCUGGCAGCAGGGAAGUAUAGGAUUUCUUGGUUUCUUAGACUCCCUCUGA